GACCACUUGAGGCCAUAUGUUUUAUAUGGAUUGCAAACUCAUAAAACACAUGCAAAUAGAAAAUCUAAAACAUUGCUCUGUCAUGACAUGAAAGGCGGUUAUAUAGAUGACAGCGGCUCCACUAAUGAAUCCGCCUAUAGUCAUCAUUUUAUUACAAUACCACCGAUUGCUUGGAUUAAUGCCAGUCAUAAGAAUGGAGUUUCCAUAUUAGGGACAGUUAUAGUGGAAGGGUGGACUCAAUCAAAGCUCAUAUGUUCACAAAUAUUGAGCAACAGAGAGGUGAUUCAGAAAAUGGUUAGAAAACUGGUGGACAUCGCCAAGUAUUAUCACUUUGAGGGUUGGCUUAUCAACAUUGAAUGCCAAGUGGAGCGCAAUUGCAUUGAAAAUCUCAUCUAUUUCGUUGAAUUACUGACACAAUCAAUGCACUCUUACGACCCCAAAAGCCUGGUCAUUUGGUACGAUAGUGUCAUCAGUCCUGAUGGUGACCUUAAGUGGCAAAAUGAACUCAAUUCAUACAAUAAAUGCUUUUUUGAUGUGUGCGAUGGCAUCUUCUUGAACUACACUUGGAAUGAGACAAAUCUGAAGACAUCCUACGAUAUAUCGUGCCAUACAUUCCGCAACUUCGAUGUAUUCGUUGGGAUUGAUGUUUUUGGUCGCAAUUGUUUCGGUGGCGGAGGUCUGAACACCAAUUUGGCGGUCAAGGAAGUUGCCAAACACGACCUUUCAUUAGCUAUAUUUGCGAGCGCCUGGACACACGAAGUACUGGGCGCCACCGACUUCACUGCUAAUGAAUAUCUAUUUUGGUCUUUAUUAGACUUAGGAGUUCAUCACUUCCCCCAAACUCUGCCUCUCUGUACCUCUUUCUGUCAGGGCUUUGGACUCAAACAGUAUAAAAGAGGUCAAAUAUAUAGCCAAUACAAAUGGCAUAACCUGAGUAUACAGGAAUUGCAACCAACAAACCACACAUCCGUUGAGAUCUGCACCGACGAGGCCUUCAACGGCGGCGGUUGUCUUCGACUCAAACAACAAUCGGCUCCUCUAUUUGAAUGCGAGAUAACUGUCAAGAAGUGCUUUUAUGGCAUUACUUACAAAUCCAAACACAAUCACAAUAAAGAGGAGUUGGAGAAAUUCAAAAAGUUUGGAAUAUUCGAGACCAGCAAUGGUUGGCUCACUCAGGCCUUUAUCAUAGAGAGUUUGAGACCAGAUUCGGUCAUAACAUUGACAGGCAUUCAACUCAAUGUUUGCCAUCAAAUUAAAGACACCGUCCCUGAUGUGCUAAUCGGACAAUUGGUUCCGGGCGCCACAUCCAUGGCCCGUGACUUAAGCGAUAGGGUGAACUUGGGGUUCCCCGGCUGUACCUUAAGCUCCGCCAAAAGCCAGAUAUUAUUUGUCAAUUUGAGGGACUGGUAG